AUGCUUAAUGAAGACUCUCAACCGAUAGAAGUGGUCUUUGUUGCUUCUUCAGAAACUGCGUCGAACAUAAAAGACUUUCGUAGAAACUUAGAUACAGAAGCUACUGCCCGGUUCAACUACCAGUUAUUCUCCGAAGUCUUCAACUUUUUAAACCUCACCCCUGCUGAAUCUUUUGCACAGAAUAUAAACUUCCUACAAAAAAUUUCAUCUACAUCCAAGGCGCUUAUCGCGCAUCCUUUGCGAGUAGACAGAGAAAAUUUUACUGUCUACGAUUUUAUAACUUCUAGAACUCCCAAUAGACGCGCGUUUCUUCUUCGUGCUCCAUCCCUGAGUGCAGUAUCAAAUGUCUUCACUCUUCCUCUGGAACUCAACGUGUGGUAUGCUUCCUAUGCGCUGUUGGCGAUUAUCUUGGUGACCAUUUUCUGUAUCGUCAAAGUGGAGUGGCGCUUCCCGGACAUGGUAUCCAACAAAUAUCGUAUCAUGUAUCCGAGAAUGGUAGAUGUGAUUCACAUGCAUAUUUCUGCAAUCGCCCAGCAGGGUAGUGAGGCAGAGCCAAUAAGCGGCGGCGGUCGAAUCGCCACUUUUCUGGUGUUUCUAUUUAUUUUGUUCCUAUACACAGCAUAUUUGGCGAAUAUUGUUGCAUUGCUAGGUGGUACCACAAAACGAAUUCAUGGUGUGACCGAUCUCAAAGACUUCAAUGUGAAAUUAGGAGCAAGACUCAAUGGAUCACCAAGAACUCUUCCGAGAAAACUCGCCAAAGACGAAUGCUAUAUGUCAUUGGACGAAGGCAUCAAUCGCAUUCGAAGUGAAUUCUUCGCGUUCCACGGGAACAGCGAUAAGAUCUACAAGAUGAUCGACAAGCUGUACGCGGACAACGAAAAGUGCGGGUUUGUGGAGAUACCGUACCUUACUGAGCCUCACCUGCUGAUUGCAAUUCGGAAAGAUUCAACGGUCAAGGAAAUUAUUAAAAUAGGAUUGGCGUUGUUUUUCGAACGUGGUAUGCACCACAGAGUGAAAAGUAUUAUUUUCGCUAAACAACCUCAAUGUUACGCUGGUACCAAUUUUGUAACUGUCUCCUUACUAGAUUGUUACUUUGCUUUCGUCAUCUACAGUGGUGGUACUGCAAUGUCCAUUCUAAUCUUCCUAGUGGAGAUUUUGGUGUCCCGCAAUCGAGUUUCGCGUAAAGUUGAUCAAAUUGAAGGUGAACUGCAGAUGCAGAAAUCUGUAAUUGAUCCUUAG